CCGUUCCUUCCGUCUAUCCCCCCGUGUAAAUAUUAGACCUCUCCCAGGAGCUAUAUAGGUACUACCGGUACGGUCACCGUUGAACGGCCCUCUUGAACGAAAGGCACGAUGUCGGAUACGCAAACACCCUUGGCGAAGCCGCACAAAUGGUCGUCCUUUAUGGUGCAGCUGUAUGGCUCCAGGAAGCCUCCGGUGUGCGGAUCCCUAAACCCUAAUACCUUGGAAGAGAUAGCGCGCGAGAAGUGCAAGGAUCACCUAGAUGCGUACAUGUAUAUCUUCGGAAGUGCUGGCACUUCGUCUACCCAUCACGCGAAUCGAAAGGCAUUCGAUAGAUGGAGACUUGUCCCGCGUAUGCUAAGGGACGCCACAGAGAGAAGCCUGGAGACUACUAUCUUUGGAGUCAAGUACCCCUCUCCGCUGCUCAUCGCACCGAUCGGAGUGCAAGGGAUAGUCUGUCCUGAGGCAGAGCUAGCCAGUGCUGCAGCUGCGGCCAGGUGCAACGUGCCAUACAUAAUGAGCUCCGCCUCCACACGCUCCUUGGAAGCUAUAGCGAAGGCUAGCGGCAAUGGUCCACGGUGGUAUCAACUGUAUUGGCCGAAGUCCAAUGACAUCACACUGUCGCUCUUGGGCAGGGCGAAGGCCAACGGCUACACUGCUCUCGUUGUCACCCUGGACACCAAUAUUCUGGGAUGGAGACCACAUGAUAUCGACUCAGCGUACCUGCCAUUCUUGAACGGCGUUGGGAUCCAAAAUGCCGUGGCUGACCCCGUAUUCAUGGCGCGGUUCAACCUGCAGCCCAUAGUAGAUGAGCGGCCCGAGUUUCCAUACUCACCUGCUAAGAUCGAGAAACUCGCGGCAGACGGUGACGAGAAUGCCAAGCGGAGUUGCAUGUUGGGGCGAGCCUGGCUGGCUGAGGCCAACUCCGGGGAGUUCAAAGUUUGGGAUGAUGUCAAAUUCUUGUUAGACAACUGGGACGGCCCUGUAGUCCUCAAGGGUAUCCAGACUGUUGCUGACGCAGAGCAAGCUUUAGAAAUAGGCUGUCACGGCAUUGUCGUUUCCAAUCACGGUGGCAGACAGGUAGACGGAGCCAUACCGUCUCUCUGGGCCCUCGAGCAAAUCUGCUCUUCGCCUAAGAUCCGUCAAGCGCAGGAAAGUGGGAAAUUCACCGUAAUUUUCGAUUCAGGCCUUCGCACUGGCUCAGACGGCAUCAAAGCAAUGGCUCUCGGUGCCCAAGCCAUCGGACUCGGACGACCCUACAUGCACGGGCUGACAAUCGCAGGUGAAGCAGGAGCUGAGGAGGUUAUUAGGUCCUUCUUGGGGGAUAUGGAAGUAACUCUUGGUUUGAUUGGUUGCACCAGCGUCAGUGAUAUUUGGUACAAGAAGGAAGAAGUUAUGGAGAGAAGCGAUGUAUAGUAAGCAUAUACCUCACUGUGAUUUACAGUACAUGGAAUAGCUGUAGCAAAUUAU